GCCCGGAUGUUGUUGCAGCUAGCUCUUUUAGCCUCUGCGACGCCGCUUCGAUCUGCCGCAGCGGAGACUUUCGAAGAUUUCGACUCCACUGGCUCAUUUAAACUGGUUUUAAUGUCGGUAACUUAACAUUGGUGGUUUAUCAUGAGAGAAGUUGUCUGAAAGGGUCGUUAUUUUUAGGACUAAUCGAAUAUUUUUCAACCGGACUGGAUCGGGUUAACAAUACGACAAGCUAAAGGCUGAAUCAGUUCGCGUAGGGACCGGACGCCGUUUUUUAUUACAGCUGAAAUGGAAGAUAAAUCUUUUACUAAAGAAUUAGACCAAUGGAUCGAACAGCUCAACGAGUGCAAGCAGCUAACGGAAAACCAAGUGAGGACCCUCUGUGAGAAGGCAAAGGAGAUUCUGACUAAGGAGUCCAACGUUCAAGAGGUGAGAUGCCCGGUGACGGUGUGUGGGGAUGUCCACGGUCAGUUCCACGACCUGAUGGAGCUGUUUAAGAUUGGUGGGAAGUCCCCCGACACCAACUACCUGUUCAUGGGAGACUAUGUGGACAGAGGCUACUACUCUGUGGAGACGGUCACUCUGCUGGUCACGUUAAAGGUUCGUUUCCCGGAGCGAAUCACCAUCCUGCGAGGAAACCACGAGUCUCGACAGAUCACCCAGGUGUACGGAUUCUACGAUGAGUGCCUGAGGAAAUACGGCAACGCCAACGUGUGGAAGUACUUCACAGACCUGUUUGACUACCUGCCACUCACCGCGCUGGUGGAUGGACAGAUCUUCUGUCUCCACGGAGGCUUGUCUCCUUCCAUAGACACUCUGGAUCACAUACGAGCUCUAGAUCGCUUGCAAGAAGUCCCACACGAGGGUCCCAUGUGUGACCUGCUGUGGUCCGACCCAGAUGAUCGCGGUGGGUGGGGCAUCUCCCCCCGAGGUGCCGGCUACACCUUCGGACAGGACAUCUCUGAAACCUUCAACCACGCCAACGGCCUCACGCUGGUGUCCCGCGCCCAUCAGCUGGUCAUGGAGGGCUACAACUGGGGUCAUGACAAGAAUGUGGUGACCAUCUUUAGUGCUCCGAACUACUGCUAUCGCUGUGGAAACCAGGCGGCCAUCAUGGAACUGGACGACACUCUGAAAUACUCUUUCUUGCAGUUUGACCCCGCCCCCCGCCGCGGAGAGCCUCAUGUGACCAGACGCACUCCCGACUACUUCCUGUGAACGUCCAUCCCCUUUCCUCUGUCAUCCACUAAGCUCCACCCCUCCUCCACCAUCACACCCACCUUCUCAUUUUGGAUGGAAAGAAGCUAUUACUAUUGGUGAUGUUUCUGUACCAGGGCGACGAGCGAUUGGCUGAAUUUAAGAUUUUAUCAAAGAGCAAAGUCUUCUCUACGGUCGUGUUGUCGAUAUGCUGUCAUUAAUCUGUGCUUCUGAGGAAAAACAACACGUAACUACGAUCUAGUUCACUUUUAUUUUUAUUUUUGUUUCUUACAUGUCACAAAUGAGAUAAUAAAACUACGACGUGGACCAAAUGUGCCAUAUUCUGAUCCUUAAACCUUCAAGGGUUUCUUUUCAAGUUUCUUUAGUUUUAUUUUUUUUAAGACUCUAUAACCCAAACAGUCACCACAAAACACUUCUGAUGGCAAAUGUGCUUCUUUGUUGCAAGAGUUUUUGAAAAUAAAUUUCAAGAAUAAGGAAAAAAGUUGCUUCUAGUAGUUCAGCUGUCAGUUUUAGGUGUCCAGGCUGCAGCCGGGGGGUCAUCUCCGCAAGUAUGUUACUGUAAUUUGAACUAAGACAACAGACGUAUGAAAUAAAAUGUCCUAUUGACGAA